AUGCUGAUGCGGAACAACACAAACUGGUCGGCGGAGGCGUGUGCUUUGUUGCGGCUCGCGCCGGACGAACUUCGGCGGCGUGGUGCGUGGCUGCCGGCCAGCAGCACGGCGGCAGUACUGGAGGCACUUGCGCUGCCGCCGGCCCCGCUGCAGCAGCCGCCCGUGGGGGAAGAAGGGCGCUGGGCGCCGCACGCACACGACCGCCCGGCAGAAAAGACCGCCACGGCACCGUUGUCCGCGGCGCCGACUGCCUGGGAGGGCGAUGCCGAUGAACUGGCUGUCGUGGAGGACGUGGCGGGCGCCCCGUGA